AUGAUGUUGAGGAAGUUCUGCAAACGCUCCUCGCAGCCUCGCCAGGGAAACGUGUGCGAGUCCAGCUUUGCACACUGCAACAUCUCCGCCGCCGUGACGCCGUCCGGCAGCUCCAGAGGCACCGCAAAACAUCACAGAAGUGGCUCCUUGUCUCAGAGCCCAGACCAGAGAACCCGGGCAGCCCAUUGGUCAGCGUCCCGCAGGACCCCGCCCAUAUCCAGAGGACGGCUAAAUCCGAUGGGAGUGUCCAAGUUUUCGGGCCCCGCCUACCAACACCUGCAGGAAGUGGACUCCACCGAGAAGGAAGCUGAGGCACAAAGACGCUGCCAAACGCAGGCAGACGACCCGGGCGACGACCCCGGACGAGACGCCUGCCUACAUAUGCAAACUCCUGUUUCCAUGGAGACAACGUCGCUGUCACCUUGGAGCGGUCGCUCCGAGGUACGUUCCGGCCCGUGUGCUCCCUCCGAGUACGAUUCGAGUCCCGCCACCCGCAGCCUGCGGAGGCCCGGCCGCCGCCAAGGCCACUCUCCGCCUCCUCCCUUCCGCUCCUGCUCUAUCCCAAUCAUCCCCUCCGUCCAGUGUCACCAUGACAACGAGGUGUCGUGUAUGCAAACCAGCGUCACUCUGGCAACCGCCUCAAAGUCUGUCCAGUGCGGAGCCACGCCCUGCAAGGCCGAGAGGAGAGGGAAGGCGGCACACGUGGAGCUGUCGUCUUCUUCCUGCUCGUCCGUCGUCGGCCCGCAGCAGGAUGAGGUGGCGCUGCUGCUGGAGGAGGCGCAGGAGCAGCUCAGGGCGUUGGCGCUGGCUCACAGGAAGCAGGAGGAGGGCGGGGUCAGCGGAGUGGCGGCUGCGCCAUUGGAGGCCAGAGAAACAGUUUGCUUCCUGAACCUUAACGGAGGAAGCGCUGGCGUGCUGAGCUGUAACGGACCAACGCAGACCCAGCUCCUCAGCCCCAGCCUAUCACACAGAGACCUGGGCCACGCCGGCCAAUGAGAGGACUCGAUUUAGGACAUUCACCUUCGGUUUGAUAGUGUUUGACGGACUGCGGUGUUCUGCAACGGAAAUGCUGAGUUGAAAAAAAAAAAAUGUAAUAUGGAAAUUCUGAUGAUAUGCAUAACGUACGGAUACAAACACUUCUGGAGCGGCCGACUGACAGCGCGG